GUAGUGCUUCCAAUCCUUUCCAGAAUUUGGAGAAGAGUGCUGUCCUGCAGGAGGCACGCAUAUUCAAUGAAACCCCCAUCAAUCCAAGAAGAUGCUUGCAUAUCUUGACAAAGAUUCUGUACUUACUCAACCAGGGUGAGCCCUUUGGGACUAUGGAAGCUACAGAAGCCUUCUUUGCAAUGACUCGCUUGUUUCAAUCUAAUGAUCAAACACUCAGGAGAAUGUGCUACCUUACCAUUAAGGAAAUGGCUACCAUCUCUGAGGAUGUCAUCAUUGUCACAAGCAGUCUGACAAAGGACAUGACUGGAAAAGAAGAUGUGUACCGGGGCCCAGCCAUCAGGGCUCUCUGCAGAAUCACAGAUGGAACAAUGUUGCAAGCUAUUGAAAGAUAUAUGAAGCAGGCCAUUGUGGAUAAAGUCUCCAGUGUAUCCAGUUCAGCACUUGUAUCUUCCUUACACAUGAUGAAGAUAAGCUAUGAUGUGGUUAAACGAUGGAUAAAUGAAGCCCAAGAAGCUGCGUCAAGUGACAAUAUCAUGGUGCAGUACCAUGCAUUGGGAGUGCUGUAUCACCUUAGGAAGAAUGAUCGGCUUGCUGUCUCCAAGAUGUUAAAUAAGUUCACCAAAUGUGGUCUCAAAUCACAGUUUGCAUACUGUAUGCUGAUUCGAAUUGCUAGUCGCUUACUGAAAGAAAGUGAGGAUGGUCAUGACAGUCCACUCUUUGAUUUCAUUGAGAGCUGCUUGCGAAAUAAACACGAAAUGGUUAUUUAUGAAGCUGCUUCUGCAAUUAUUCACCUUCCUAACUGCACUGCAAGAGAGUUGGCGCCUGCUGUCUCAGUUCUUCAGCUUUUCUGUAGCUCUCCUAAACCAGCCUUGAGAUAUGCAGCUGUGAGGACCUUGAACAAAGUGGCAAUGAAGCACCCCUCUGCUGUUACUGCCUGCAACCUGGAUUUAGAGAACUUAAUCACAGACUCAAACAGAAGCAUUGCUACCCUGGCCAUUACUACAUUGCUCAAAACAGGGAGUGAGAGCAGCGUGGACAGGCUUAUGAAGCAGAUAUCUUCUUUUGUAUCUGAAAUCUCAGAUGAAUUCAAGGUGGUGGUUGUGCAGGCAAUUAGUGCUCUCUGUCAGAAGUACCCUCGAAAGCACAGUGUCAUGAUGACUUUCCUUUCGAACAUGCUUCGAGAUGAUGGAGGUUUUGAAUACAAAAAAGCCAUUGUGGACUGCAUUAUCAGCAUUGUGGAAGAGAACCCUGAGAGUAAAGAAGCCGGCCUAGCCCACCUCUGUGAAUUCAUUGAGGACUGUGAACACACCGUUCUGGCUACUAAGAUUCUACACUUACUGGGCAAAGAGGGCCCUAGAACUCCUGUCCCCUCUAAGUAUAUCAGAUUCAUUUUUAAUAGAGUAGUCCUGGAGAAUGAAGCUGUCAGAGCUGCUGCUGUAAGUGCUUUGGCUAAAUUUGGAGCUCAGAAUGAGAGCCUUCUCCCAAGCAUCCUGGUCCUCUUACAAAGGUGUAUGAUGGAUACUGAUGAUGAGGUACGGGACCGAGCUACCUUCUACCUGAAUGUGCUACAGCAGAGACAGAUGGCCCUGAAUGCUACAUAUAUCUUCAACGGUCUGACAGUCUCUAUACCAGGGAUGGAAAAGGCCUUGCACCAGUAUACACUAGAGCCUUCAGAAAAACCCUUUGACUUGAAGUCCAUUCCUCUCGCUAUGGCUCCUGUCUUUGAACAGAAGUCAGAAAUCACGCUUGUGACUUCUAAGCCAGAGAAGUUGGCUCCUUCCAGACAAGAUAUUUUCCAAGAACAGUUGGCUGCCAUUCCUGAGUUUAUGAGUCUGGGGCCCUUGUUCAAGUCUUCUGAGCCUGUUCAGCUCACGGAGGCAGAGACAGAGUACUUCGUGCGAUGUAUCAAGCACGUGUUUACUGACCACAUUGUGUUCCAGUUUGACUGUACCAACACUCUGAAUGACCAGCUGCUGGAGAAGGUAACGGUGCAGAUGGAACCGUCCGACUCCUAUGAAGUACUGUGCUACGUCCCAGCCCCCAGCCUCCCUUACAAUCAGCCGGGGAUGUGCUACACACUUGUUCGCUUGCCGGAUGAGGAUCCUACAGCAGUUGCAAGCACCUUUAGCUGUACCAUGAAGUUUACAGUCCGGGACUGCGACCCUCACACUGGAGUCCCAGAUGACGAUGGGUAUGACGAUGAAUAUGUGCUGGAAGAUCUUGAAGUGACUGUGUCUGACCAUAUUCAGAAGGUACUAAAGCCUAACUUUGCUGCCGCCUGGGAAGAAGUGGGAGAUGCAUUUGAGAAAGAAGAAACCUUUGCUCUUAGUUCUACAAAAACCCUUGAAGAGGCUGUCAACAACAUCAUCACAUUUCUGGGCAUGCAGCCAUGUGAGAGAUCAGACAAAGUACCUGAGAAUAAGAAUUCCCAUUCCCUUUAUCUGGCAGGCAUGUACAGAGGUGGCUAUGACUUGCUGGUGCGAUCAAGGCUGGCCUUAGCAGAUGGAGUGACCAUGCAGGUGACUGUGAGAAGCAAAGAGAAAACACCUGUGGAUGUUAUCUUGGCUUCUGUAGGAUAAGUUCUUGCUGGGAAAGGUGAUGUGGCUAUGCUCACCCUAUUCGUGGUUUUUAGGCCAAUGGCAUGAAUUUUCCAGAAUCACACUUGUCCAAUGUUUGGCCCUGAGCCAGCAGAUCAAGCAAAUGUUUAUCUUUUGUGCAUGGACUUCAGUGUGUUUCUUCCCUUCUCAUUGUCUCACUUGCUCAGCUUUGCUAUGACAAUGCAGCUUUGAGUGAUCUUGAAAACCAGAAUCUAUGUAUGCUAUUCUACAGCUGCUUGGCUUCAUUAUAUGCUUUUAUUUCAUGUAUGAAAACUCUAGGCAAUGUUGGAAAAUCUUAUCCCAGAAGGGUGGAGGGGGAGGGGAAGCCGGAAUCCAUUUUUGUCACAGUUUGUUUUUAUUAAUAGAAAAUAAACACUCAUUCAUUCCAGUUUCAAAGUUGCUAUACUUGAAAUUCCUAAUUUUUAAAAAAUGAAUUUAAAAUAAUCAAUAAUGCUGCUUUAACUAAGACAGUUAAAACUGUGGCUUAAAAAGUAUUCAGCACCAUUUGCUCUUAGGUCUUUCAACAUUUGUUCUUAAGCAUUUGUUCUUAAGCAUUUGUUCUUAAGCAUCUGCCUGUCUGUCAGUACAGGAGUUGCUGAGUUACAUGAGAAAGCCUUUUUGAACAGCCAGUGGGAUAGAUGCUAAGCAGCCAUCCUAAGAGGAGUCAGUGGACAUCUGGCUGUUAUAGUGGCCCCUCCUCUCCCCUUCAGCUCUGGAGGAACAUACACCUAAGCACUGAUGCGAGGAGGCAGGCUGUUAUUUACUGUUCAGCUUGGACUUUUUAGCCAGGAACAGUAAAUCUCUGGCACAGAUGCAACUGGUUAAUACUUUGUGGUUUAGGAAAUUCUGUAAAUAAUUUGAAUCUGUUUAUUCACAAAUUAUAUGUGUGAUGGCAGUCUCUACUCUAGCAAGUAAGGGCCAACUGUUUUAAUACCCUUAUAAAAUACAUACACAGGUAUGCAAAUCAGCUGUAAAAGCAUAUUCAGAAUGCUGUAUCAUUUAUGCCAAUGAUGACUAUCUUGGUUUGAUGCGUCUUUGCGUGGGGAAAGCAGUGCUGGGGGCUGAACCCAAGGGCAUUAGCUUGGUAGGCAGGUGCUCUACCAUGAGCUACAUUCCCAGCCCCUAAGCCAAUGGUCUACUUCAACAAAAUGUCUGUAAUUAGAAGCAGCUGAUGAAAUAAAUGUAAGGUGUGACAUGA